CGGCCACCACCCCAGGCGACAGGGGUGUCUUUUAUGAAUAAUCAAAAGCAGCAAAAACCAACGCUAUCAGGCCAGCGUUUUAAAACCAGAAAAAGAGAUGAAAAAGAGAGGUUUGACCCUACUCAGUUUCAAGACUGUAUUAUUCAAGGCUUAACUGAAACCGGUACUGAUUUGGAAGCAGUAGCUAAGUUUCUUGAUGCUUCUGGAGCAAAGCUUGACUACCGGCGCUAUGCAGAGACACUCUUUGACAUCCUGGUGGCUGGCGGAAUGCUGGCCCCAGGUGGUACACUGGCAGAUGACAUGAUGCGCACAGAUGUCUGUGUGUUUGCAGCACAAGAAGACCUAGAGACCAUGCAAGCAUUUGCUCAGGUUUUUAACAAGUUAAUAAGGCGCUACAAAUAUCUGGAGAAAGGUUUUGAAGAUGAAGUUAAAAAGUUAUUGCUCUUCCUAAAGGGGUUUUCAGAGUCGGAGAGGAACAAGCUCGCCAUGUUGACCGGGGUUCUUCUGGCUAAUGGAACACUUAACGCGUCCAUUCUUAACAGCCUUUACAACGAGAACUUGGUGAAAGAAGGGGUUUCAGCAGCAUUUGCUGUAAAGCUCUUUAAAUCGUGGAUAAAUGAGAAAGACAUCAAUGCAGUUGCUGCAAGUCUCCGGAAAGUCAGCAUGGACAACAGACUGAUGGAGCUGUUCCCUGCCAAUAAGCAAAGCGUCGAGCACUUCACCAAGUAUUUCACUGAGGCAGGCUUGAAGGAGCUUUCGGAGUACGUCCGCAACCAGCAGACCAUCGGGGCUCGGAAGGAGCUCCAGAAAGAGCUUCAGGAGCAGAUGUCCCGUGGGGAUCCCUUCAAGGACAUAAUUUUGUAUGUCAAGGAAGAGAUGAAAAAAAAUAACAUCCCCGAACCAGUGGUCAUUGGGAUAGUCUGGUCAAGUGUGAUGAGCACCGUGGAGUGGAACAAAAAGGAGGAGCUUGUAGCAGAACAAGCCAUCAAGCACUUGAAGCAAUACAGCCCUCUGCUCGCUGCCUUCACCACUCAAGGUCAGUCUGAGCUGACCCUGUUACUGAAGAUUCAGGAGUACUGCUAUGACAACAUUCACUUCAUGAAAGCCUUCCAGAAAAUUGUGGUGCUUUUUUAUAAAGCUGAAGUCCUGAGUGAAGAGCCCAUUCUGAAGUGGUAUAAAGAUGCACACGUUGCAAAGGGGAAAAGUGUCUUCCUUGAGCAGAUGAAGAAGUUUGUAGAAUGGCUCAAAAAUGCUGAAGAGGAAUCUGAGUCUGAAGCUGAAGAAGGUGACUGAAUUUUGAAACAACAUCCUCAGUAAAGCAAACAGGAGUUGUAGAUAAAAUGUCAUGUCUCAUGUGUCCUGGUUCUUACAUCUCCCUACCUCCCUAUAUCAAGCAUGAUAUAAGGGCUUUCAUGGCAGUUUUUAUUUUCACUUUUUAUGGUUCCUGGAAACGGUGGGUUGGUUUCAGAAGCCAUGUGUCAGGAGCUGCAGGGGCUGUAGAACUGAAUCUGGUGUGGCAUUGUCUGUCAGUUACCUUCUACCUCCUGUAUUUUCUACUGUAAUAAUGUGAUGCAAGGCCUUCGCAGUGAGCACUUCACUUGAUCCAACCUGGGUUUUCUAUAUAACAGUUUUCAAGAUAGGAUUUGGUUAAAAAUAAUUUGUUACAAAAAAUUCUGUUUGCAAAUUAAACUGUAAAAGUAUCCAAAGUCUCAAAAGGCAAUGAUUUGUGUGAUAAUUUAGUAUGUCCAGAGCCCUGUCCCAUCAGCGAAAAUCCUGUAGACAGUUGAAUCCAUAACAUUAAUCCUGAGUGUUUGGACCAUUGGUUAUAUGUUAGCAUUUUACUGUAUUUUCAACCCCAGAUGUUGUUUGUUCUCUGGUUUCAUCCUUAGUAAAUCCAUGGAGAGCAAACUUGAGUUUGAGAGCUCAUACAUGGCAGAGGUAGGAAGAGAGCUGAGGUUUUCCCUGGAAAAUUGUAUGUCCAUCUGUAUUUGGAUAACUUAGAUUCUCUGCAUAAACAUUCUACUCAGGACACAGCUAGACUGUGAGGAAGGGACUCCCAAAGAAUUGGGAGUUGAGGAAACAGCUUGUCACUAACCCCUGAGAUGGUUGAGAGUAUUCGGGGUGAGCAUGUCCUCCCAGGAUCUAUCAGGACUCCAUUUCCUGUUAGGAAGGUGAAGGCAGUCAUAGCCGCCUCCUGCUGGGCCUGGCUUCAUUUUUCUAUGUUCCAACACCAAGUCACAUACCCUAGUUGCCAUUUUUUUUAAUUGCCAUGAGCCAAAAUAUAUCUUUAAAUGAUUAAUCCAUUGAUUUUAAUUUGAUGGCUGCCUUUUUCGUUGCUUUUCUUUUUGCUAUCCAUUUGUAGUUGGUAGGGGGAAAUGUAGCCAUCUUUUUGGGGAAGGCUAAAAGUGAGUUUUUUAAUUGAUAAAAGAAAAUAGAAUAAUGCCACCAGAGACUGAGUGGAAAUUGCCCAUUUUUGAAGGUGCCAUUCUUAGAAGCCAAUAAUUUGGUAUUUAAAGCUUGUCUUGAGAGAACAACAUGUAAUAUAAUUUGAAAUAAAGGUAUAGUAACCUUGAGAGCAUUAUAGCAAAAAAUGGAUGGGUGGGGUGACUUUGUAAAAUGAAUGACUUUGAUAAAGUUUUAUGCACAGGCAAAUGUAUUCAUUAGAUUCUGUGUAGUGAUCUGCUUUUUCUUUGUAAUUUGUAGUCCUAAAAAAAAUUUUUUUUAAAUAAAGUCCAUCCUUACAUUUAGGUUUUAUAGAUCAGUCUUUUUUUUACCCCCCAACAAAUCCCAUUGAUCCCCAAUGAUGUGCUGUGUGUUGUGCUUUCAGAUGUUUACUGUAUAAGCAUUAACAGUUCGUCCUUUCAACUUGUAGACUAAACACCUCACAGAUUCCAAUGUAGCUGAAACUACAUUGCCAUUUCUACAACCAGAUCCUUGCAUGCUACCGCCGUUCAAAACGCACCGUUUAUUAUAUACUGUGUAUAGUGAAAGAGUGUGGAGUCUUCCAGAAUUACAUUAUGAUCUUUGAUCAUAGAUUUUCCCUUCAUACACAUUAGUGUUCACUUAUUAUAAUAGUACAUUGGUAAGGCACCUGUAAAUACAAUGUAAAGAAAGGGAGCAAUUUAUAAAAUCUCAUUUUGAAUUUAAAUGCCAACCUAUGGCCAUGGCCUCCAAUAUGUAUUCCUAAUAGAGAUGUUAAAACUGUGCUUUUAAUCAUUAUAAACAAUUGUUGGUUGACUUCCCUAAUUUGGUGUCAGUUUCUAAGGCUUUCAGUCUCUUAGAUACAUACUGUGUAUUUAGAACUGUUAAGUGUCACCUUACUAGGAUUAUUGUCCUAGAAAUACUGUUCUUAUAAAAUCUCCGGAUACCAAAAUGCCACAUAUUUUCCUUGGCAUAAUGAUGGUGGUAAGGGAGAUGCAUGUGACCAGGAGGUUAACUUACAGCAGUGUUGAAGCUUUUCCAUUAUCAGAACUCUCAGAACCCUUUCCCAUAGUGCCCCCAAUAAAUUUUAAUAUAGAUACACUA